CAGAAAUAAUAUAAGAAUCAGCACAUAUACUUGAUAGAACUUUAUGCUAAGAAUCACUAAACAAAAAACAUGUUAUUCUACACGCUUACAAUUAGUGCAUUCAGCUUUGUAGCAUUUGGACUAUCUGCAAAUGGAGAAUUUACACUUCCUUUCCCAACAUGCAAACGGAAUUCACCUGAUAUUUCCAAUUGUUUAGUGCAAGCUAUACAGGAAGCAUGGCCUUUAAUUUGUAAAGGAAUUCCAGAAUUAGACUUUCCACCUAUGGAUCCAAUAUUCAUCAAAAAUGGUUCAGCUAAACUUAAUUUAGCUGAUCUACAUGGAAAACUAAUUUUUAAAAAUAUGACAAUUAUCGGUUUGUCAAAAAUGCGUUUUUAUAACGUAACAGCGCAUUUAAAUGGAGACGACCCUCGUUUACAGAUUUACGGAAUGGUGCCGUCGGUUUACAUAGAAACUAUCGCAAAAGUAAAUGGUGGCAUAAAUGUAUUCAGAAUUUUUGGUGAAGAUUAUUUUAAUGAAACCUUGACUGAUGUCAGAGGUCCAUGGGAUUUAUCAGGACCUGUAAUAAACGAUACAUGGAUUAUAAAACAUUUCCGUGUCCUCCCGUCAAUUGGAAAUCUCAAUGUAUAUUUCGACACUUUAAUAAAAACUCAAGGAAAAGAGUUUAAUGAUUUUAUUGUAAAUUUAGUAAACCAAUUUUGGCCCACUUUUUAUCGGCAUUAUCAAUCAAUAUUACCAAUAGUAGCUGACUUAUAUGAACAUUGGCUGAUUGAAUUUCCUAAUAAGAUAUUUUCCAAAAUUCCAUUUUCAGAGAUAUUUCCAUAAAUUUUUUACGUUGUUACACGUUUUUUAA